AAACACAUUAUAUUACAUAUUUAUGUCCGAUUGUAGUAUAUAUGCAUUAUAGCUAUAUCAUCAUAUGUAAUUCAUCCUAAACACUGUGCAUCUAUGCCUCUCCAGCAGACGGCGCCAUCGCAUAUUGCAGUGGAAAGACGAAUACAUUUUUACGAAACAAAAUCCCAGAUGUCAGUUUUCUAUUUAUUUAGUUUUUACACGUUUUUGGUUUAAUUUAGGACAAUCUUAAACCACAUUUACUAUCAUCUAAAUACCUUUAAAGCAUGUGAAUAUGUGGAAAACGUUAUCUGAAGAGGAAAUGACGAAACAGGAAGUUUGACCCACCAGAUGAAUCCGAUUGGUUGACUCUCGUUCGGCGGUUUGUUUUGAGUUUGCGUGUCUGCUGUUAGCUUGCUUUCGAAUGCGUUUUAAUAGUUUAAUUGGUUACCACAUCGAUUUUAAGCAUGGAUGACUCUACAAAGCGUAUAUUACAACGUCUGGUGCGACGAAUCCCUUAUCAAAUGCUCCAGAAAAUGCUUGGCAAGUGGGCUCAUCUAUCAAGGGAGGACCUGCAAUCGCUGGACUUCACACAACCAAAAUGGGUGUUGACGGAACAUCUACUGGCUCUCUGUGAGGAGAAUGGCUUGGGAGUGAAACACAUCACAGAACUCGAAAUGAUCUAUAUCAUUGAGAAUCCGAACCAGGGAAUGUGGCAUGGCUUCGAGCUCCUUGAUGCAGAGGAGGAUGCACCAUCUAUUGAGCUGACACAGUUCAAGGAACAGUUCAAGGCCAACCUCACAGAGCUCAUCAGCCAUGUGUCUAUUAAAAUAAAGAAACACACAGAUGAGGCCAUAUGGAUACGUGUUGCCUGGGGGGACAACUUCACAAAGCCUUACCACCUUAAACCCACAUAUGUUGUCCACCAUCUUCAGACCCCUUAUGUCUUUGUGACCGGCUUGACUUCAAAGUAUAAGCCUCUUUUAAACCAGGCCUUGGUUCUGGCCACAAGAUAUGGCUCUAUGAAGGACGCUCACCUCAGUGGACGGAACCUCACCGCCAUCAGAGACCUACUGAUGAGGCAGUACCAACAGGUGUUCCCCACCAAAAAUCCAAAACCUCUUCAGGAAAAGAAUCCUGUCCCUAGAAACCCCAAUAUAGAGAAAGAACAUGCUGAGAAUACAGAGAACCGACUUCAGAUGGCCUGUGAGGCCUUCGGCGAUGGGACACUACCUCAACUGCAAAAAGCUGUCUACAAGCUGGAGACCAAGUUCCGAGAUAACUCUAACAAAACGUUGACAGGCAGAGAAGAGCCCUUCAGAGGAGUGGUGGAGUUUGCCAGCACAAACCUCCUAGAGUCACUCAGGCACUGUGUGUCCUCAGGUAUGGCGUCAACUCCAGUCACCCCUCUUCUCUCAUCUAUCACACAGAAAGGGAGAAACUAUUUUGUUAUCACAGACAAAGGAGUUUAAAUCAAGUUUAACUAUAAGAUCUACCAGAACAAGUAGUGUAUAUUUGUAUUGAAUGUUGACAUUUUAUGGGGUUCAACAUGUAUUUUUUAGAACACAUUGUUUACCCAUUCACUCUGUUUCAGAAUAAAUCAAUUGACAUAUGUAAUUUGUUUCACUUAUUUUAUAUGAACAAAUAAAACAU